AUGGCGCUGCCUCCUCUCCAGCCGGGCUGGCAGAGCGAGCUGCUGGACAUGGAGCUGGAAGAUGCAGCAGCAGGCCACGGCACGCCGGCAGCCGCCGCGGCGAAGCCCGUCUCGAUGCUUUCGAUGUCGCCCGAGCCCGUGGAUGUCCAUCCUGCAGAAGGAGAAUCGCAGAUCUGUGGAGCUCACCGUGGGCACCGCGGCGCUCAGGCCCGUGUUCCCGUACGACGGUCAGAGGUGGCAGCUACUGCUUCCCCGCUCACGAGCUCUUCGGACGGAGAUAAGGCGUUACGAGUCGUAGCCUACGACGCCGUCUACGGCGACGAUAGACGCGGACAAGAUGAAUGGAGCAUGAGGACACCAAGUCCAUGA